AAAUAAAUCUGCCUCCCGAUCCCAUCUCGGUCUCCAAGCUCCAGCGCGCCGCCUCCUCCUGCCGACCACCCCGCCCCUCCCCGGCACCGCGCGCCGCCACGAACGCCGCGGCCGUUGGCGGCUCCCCCCGCCCCUGCUACUCUUCUCCGCUAUCGCCGCCUAGCCCCGCUGCCUCCUCUCCACCGGCGGGAUUCGCCGCUACCGGCCACCACCGGCCACCACCGAUCACCCCAAGCCCUCACCGUGUCGUCGGCGCGGCUUUGGUGACUCCUCCCCUGCUCCUACCUCGCCCCCACACGUAGCUCGGCCCACUGGAUGGAGCUCCUCCGCCCAGUGGUCAUGGCCAUGGGGUGCUCAAGCUCCUCCUCCGAUUAGUUCACCCCUCCUCUCUCUCUCCUCCUCCCUCUCCCUCUCUCUCUCUCUAAACUCAGCUCUGUUCUUCUAUUCUAGAUGUGCAGGGAGGAACGUUUCAUGGACAAUGAGGAGAUAUGCAAACCACGCCAUGACCUGAAGCUGCUGGAGCUGGACUUAUUUUGUGAAAUGGUGUUUCCGACACCACGUUGCUGCUGUCCCUCGGUUUGCUCUGCACACGGGUACUGGAACUACUUGUCGCCAAGGAUGAAGAGCUACAACGGUGUGCUCGCCAAGGCCAUCGACAUGGGCACCAGCCACCUCGUCAAAGGCAUCAUCGUGUGCAGCAAGGCCUACGCCAGCCAGGUUCAAAGGGGAGCCAACGUGAUUAGUCCUCAAGCAGCCAGCGGCGCGAGCAAAACGCUUGGGCGACACCGGUGGAGCUGACGGGAACAGCCAUGCAGGCUCGGCGACAAGGGUUUGGGUCAUCAGCUUUGGCAAGUGGCAGUACAAGUUCGGGCAUGACGAGCUUUAUUUCGUAAAGACGUGACUUUGAUGUUUGAAUCUUCCUUCUGAUCAUGUUAAUGAUAACGAGGCUCUCUUGAUAGAA